AAUUUUCAGAACAUCAUGCGCGCUAGCGUAGCGCAUGGAAAAAUUGGGUCGAUCUGCGAAAGAUGGCGGCUACUGCGUGGUGUGUGUGAAAAAGAUUCGUGGAUAGAUUUUGUCUGUAAUUUUUACUAAAACAUGACAAGAUAUGGGAAAGCCUAUUUGCACGUGUACGGCGCUACUAUAUGCGCAAGGUUCGUAAUGUUGAUGAAUGUUCAGUUUUCAUGUUUCCUAUCCGAGUAAAAGACGUUUGUUUACGAUAAAGUUUGUAUAAUACUUCAACGCGAAGUGUUACAAGGGAUAAAGAAACCCUAACUCAGACGAGACUGGAGAUUAAGUGUUGCCGGACUUCGGCCCGGUAAGAAGAUCAGUAGAGAUGCUGAAGCAAUUGCAGAUGGGGAUGAGAGCUUUCCUCUUGAUGGCCUCCCGAGUGUGGACAUGCGUCUUCUUUCUCCUCAAGAAGCAGGUUAGAGCCGUAUAGUUAAAAGAAAAAUAUUAGUAUUGGAUUUAGAUGAAACAUUAAUUCAUUCUCAUCAUGAUGGAGUGGCAAGGCCAACAGUUAGGUUUGGUACGCCACCAGAUUUUAUUCUUAAGGUAUGAACUAGUGGUUUUUACUGCUUCCAUGGAAAUUUAUGGAGCAGCUGUUGCAGAAAAAUUAGAUAACAACAGAGGUAUUUUAAGAAGAAGAUACUAUAGACAACAUUGUACACCAGAAAUGGGUUCCUAUACUAAAGAUCUGUCUGCAAUUUGUUCAGACUUAGCUUCAGUCUUUAUACUUGAUAACAGUCCUGGAGCCUACAGGGCUUAUCCUCGUAAGUAUUAACAGCAUGCAUUCUCAAUGCAAUAAUAAUAAUAUUUGCUUUUAUAAUGUAGUUGUCUGAUUUAACAUGAUUUCAUAAUUUUUUAAUUUUUUUCAUAUAUGUCGAAAAUAAUCAUAUAUCAUAAAACAGUUCAAUGUUGUGUAUGAUACGACAAUAAUUGUCUACAAAUUAUUAAAUUAUUGCAAUUCAUACAAGAAACAAGUGAAAAUAUAUAUAUUAACUUGUGUAUAUAUUUACAUAUAGGAUUAUUUUUAUAUGUUUAAUACCAUUGUUGUAUCAUGUACUAUGUAUCCUGUAGUCAGAACUUGCUUACAUGUGCACAACUAUGUGUAGUGGAAUAAUUCAACCUUGAUCUAAAUUAAAUAUAUUGAGUAAAUAUUUCCUGAUCUCAUUACUCAACAAAUUUUAAUCAAAUUCAUACAGAAAUUAUAUUCAUCAAUAACAUUCUACAAAUACAUUCUGAUGUUCAUGUGUUUUAAUAAUUAAAGAUAUAUUUAUUAUUUAAUGAUUGUAAUAAUUAAAAUUUUAAAUAUCUUCUUUCAUCUCUUAAAUACAGAAUUGUUUUUGCAAUAUAUUUAUUUAUGAAUUUAUAUUGUCUAUGCGGUCAUAUUGUUCAAUAUCAAUUAUUUAAUCAUUACUAUUUUAUCUUGCAAGAUAAAUAAAACAUCAAAUUAUAAUUUAAAGUAUAAUAUUUAGUAUGUUUUAUAGAACCUGAAUGA